AAUAGACUGUCUAUUUCUAUGUCUGUCUUUUUCUCUCUCUCUCUCUCUGUGUCUCUGUCUCUCUGUCUCUCUCUCUCUGUCUCUCUGCACUGAUCUGGUCACAACAACAGAUCUGAACCUCAACAUGUCUCUGCAGCUUCCUCCCUGCGUCAUAGACUGUGGGACCGGGUACACCAAGAUUGGCUACGCUGGAAACACAGAGCCGCAAUUCAUCAUGCCGUCAUGCAUCGCCAUCAAAGAGUCGGCCAGCAUAGGAGAACAGGCCCAGAGGAGACUUGUAGGAGGAGUCGAUGACCUGGACUUCUAUGUUGGAGACGAGGCUGUAGACAAACCCAACUAUGCAACAAAGUGGCCGAUCCGUCAUGGGAUGGUGGAAGACUGGGAUCUAAUGGAGAAGUUUAUGGAGCAGGUCAUCUUCAAGUACCUUAGAGCAGAACCAGAGGACCACAGUUUCCUCAUGACAGAGCCUCCUCUCAACACUCCAGAGAACAGAGAGUACCUGGCUGAGAUCAUGUUUGAGACCUUCAACAUACCUGGACUCUACAUCGCUGUACAGGCAGUGCUUGCGUUAGCGGCAUCCUGGACAUCCCGGCAGGUCGGACAAAGAACUCUGACCGGCGUCGUUAUCGACAGUGGAGAUGGAGUCACACACACCAUCCCUGUGGCUGAAGGCUAUGUGAUUGGCAGCUGUAUAAAACACAUCCCCAUCGCAGGGCGGGACAUUACCUUUUUCAUCCAACAGCUGCUCAGAGACAGAGAGGUGGGGAUUCCCCCGGAGCAGUCGCUAGAGACCGCCAAGGCAGUUAAGGAGCGGUACUGUUACAUCUGUCCAGACAUUGUGAAGGAGUUCUCUAAGUACGACUGUGACCCGGGGAAAUGGAUCAAACAGUUCCAUGGAGUAAAUGCCGUCAGUCAGACCGGCUUCCACAUCGACGUGGGCUAUGAACGCUUCCUGGGCCCAGAGAUAUUCUUCCAUCCUGAGUUUGCUAACCCAGACUUCAAGCAGCCCAUCUCUGAUGUCGUGGAUGAGGUCAUUCAGAGUUGUCCAAUCGAUGUGAGGAGGCCGCUCUACAAGAACAUCGUGUUGUCCGGAGGAUCCACCAUGUUCAGAGACUUUGGCCGGCGGCUGCAGAGAGACCUGAAGAGGGUGGUUGACGCCCGACUGAGACUGAGUGAAGAGCUGAGUGGAGGACGGAUAAAGCCGAAGCCGAUGGAGAUUCAGGUUGUAACACAUCACAUGCAGCGUUACGCGGUCUGGUUUGGAGGCUCCAUGUUGGCGUCAACGGUAAUCACACACACACUCAUACACAC